UAUAUAUAUAUCGUUUUUUUGUGGUCGCAAAUCGUCAUUUAAAUAUCGUAUUGUGUGGUCGCCAAUUUUUUAUAAUAAUCGUAUAUUAAUUAUAUUAAUUAUUAUAGUGCGCGCAAAAUCGCCUCUGUUGUAUUGUAUUCAUUUUUUAGUGUGCGCUAAUCGUUCGCUCAAUCAUAUUAUAUAAUCAAAGGCGCUAAUCGCCAUCUAUUAUCAUAUUUUGUGAGCGCAAAUAAUUAGCGCGUUUUAUUAUUAUUACGUGCUAGUAUAGGCGCCAAUUGCCACAGUCGUUAUAUUUAUUUGCUAGUCAUAAUAAAUAGCAUUAUAGGUACGGCCGUACGGGUUGCGGCUGGUCAGACCACACACCAUCACAUUCGGAAAUGGAUUUCAGAAAUAAUACAGUAAAAAAAUGUCGUAAUGAAAGUAUAAAUGGUAGAUUAUUUUGGAUAGCAAUAGUUGAACUUGUACCUUCUACACCUUCUGUAACUCAGCUUCUUAAUAUCUAUUUAAAAUAUGUACAUUUAGAUAUGUAUAUAUGCUCAUCGGUGCUGGGAUGGAACUAUAUCUCUGAUGAUGAAGCAAGACUUAUACUAAAUGUCAUUAAUCAAGAACAUAAUAAUUUUGCAUUUGGGAAAGAGAGAUUCUUAGCAAUAGAAGAUUAUAUUGUCAGUUUAGAAGAUGUUCAUGAAUUUUAUACAUUCAUAAAUGUAUGUUAUUUUAGACUACUGUGCAAAAAAAAAAAAGGUUACGAAGAAAAAUGUGGUUUUAUACAAAUUGAUAACUUUGAAUCCAUUGUUCCAUAUUGUAUUAUAGAUAACCAAAAAUAUGUACCACUAUUCUACUUUAAAAAUAAUUUAAACGCCUAUAUUGAAAACCUAAUGCAUGGAGCUAUACAAAUAGAAAAUUGGAACUUGGCCUAUCUCAAGUUCUGUUCGAAAAUUCAGGGUAUCAGAGAUGAAUUGUUUCCUGGUAACUCUUGCACAGUGGUUAGUCUUGAUAAUAUCAAGAAAUAUUUUCCAUCAGAAACACAGUUUGAGGAUUAUUGGCCACAUGAGACGCUUAUUUCACAUCUCCCUAUUAAUCAGAAUUCACAUCUCCCUAUUAAUCAGAAUUCACAUUUCCCUAUUAAUCAGAAUUCACAUCUCCCUAUUAAUCAGAAUUCACAUUUCCCUAUUAAUCAGAAUUCACAUCUCCCUAUUAAUCAGAAUUCACAUUUCCCUAUUAAUCAGAAUUCACAUCUCCCUAUUAAUCAGAAUUCAUCCACCAAUGGCAACCUGCAAGGUGCCUGGAUCAGAGCACCUCCUCAAGCAGAACCUGCUGAAUUUACUGAAGAUCCGAUAACCGGUUGUGGUUGUAGUGAUGAAGAAAUGGAUCUGGCAGUAAUCGUGGUUAGUCCUAGACAACGCCGCUCAUUGUGGAGCCGGACGAAGAGAUUAUUUCAGCGAAUGUCUUGUUGCGGUGCUUUGAUAAACCCCACAAAUAAAGUUAUACUCGUCGGCUUCUUGCCAUAUAUCACUAUCUGUAAAAAUGAAAUUGUUGAUAAAUGGUGUUUUAAAUAAUUGAUAAGUUUCUCUAAGAUUUUGUUUAUAUUUUGUCCUACAAUACAAAAGCAUAUUAUAAUUUUCUUAAUGUUUUAUACCACAUACACCCAUCACACUAAGUCACUAAUCAAUCACAUUAACGGUUUAAUGAAUUCUUACAUCUUACAAUAAAACAAUAUAAUAAUAAUGAAUAUCAAAAAAGCUAAAAAAAAAAGUUUAUAUAGAGAUUUCGAUGUUUAGUGCCUUUACACAAAUUAUAGAGCUCAAAUUUAUACACUAGAAAGCGCUUUAAAAAAAAAAAAAAUUGAAAUUUUGCCGUUAAUGAGUUUUGGCAGUAAGCCGACGAAUCGUGAUAUAGGCCGUAAUAAAUAGAAUUAAAAACAUUUCGCCCACCGACCAAUGUCUCCAGUGUCCAACCGCAAGCCACCUGCAAACCAGUUCGCCCCGCACCUCUGUGCACGACCCUUCAACACGUCAAGACAUAUCCAUGCCACCCUCGUACACUGAAAAUAAUAGUACAAAAAAGUUCGUUAAAUUAAUAGUAAGUUGUCAUUAGGUCCACGAUUAAGCUACUUAUUGAUUAAAUGGAUGAGUGUUUGACGUUUGUCGUAUACAUAUUUAAUGUACACAAUAUGAAGUUAAGUUAUUAAGACCAUUAUUAAGACAAAAUGUUGUACACAAUACAACAUGUAUAUAAUAAUAUAAAAUAUAUAAUAUGUCUACACUGAAUGUCUAUUAAAAAUUGUAUAUCCCCCCUUGAAAAAAUCCUAGAUACACUACUGCGGCAUCACCAGGUAUUGCCGUAUAAGUGGUCCAUGUCAGAAUCGUCAAUGAAUCUAGCACGAUAUUAUGCAGAAGUAGUAGCCAUUGAUAGGCCACCUCAUUUUAAAACUUGUAUGCAUAAAUGAUUUUUUUUCUUAAGUUAUAACAGAUAUAUUUUUUUUUUUUAUUUUUAUAAUUUUUAUUUACAAUCUGUUACAAUAAAAUGAACAAUAAGUAAAAUAGAUAAUAGAAUAAGUGGCUUUUUGUUUUCAAGAUCUAAGUCAUACGCGUUGGUACAGUUAGUCGAGCAAUCAUUUGAUUUAAUAAUACACAUUUUAUUAUAAUAUCUAAAGACUUACGACUAUUAUCCAGAAAUACUUCUCUGAAUUAUAUUUUGUUUUAUCUUGUAUAAACGUUUGUAUGUUUUUAAUACAUAUAAUAGGUACUGACUAUACUAUUAUUUUUAAAAGUACCCAUAUUGUAUUAAUUUAAAUAGUAAAUUCAUAUUGUAUGAAUAUAAAAAUAUAUAUAUAUUAGUAUAUAAUAGUGAUUAAUGUUAACAUAUAUUAUAAUAAUAAUAUAAUAUUGAAAUUCCUUAU